AUGACGUAUUUCGACAUUAUUCUGGGAAUGGAUUGGUUGAGUGAAAAUGGCGCAACUAUAGACUGUGUGACGAAGCAAAUUAGUUUUCACCCUCCGGGACAAAUCGAGUCCGUUUUUCAAGGACAGGAAGUAACUUCUCCACCGUAUUUGAUCUCUGUAGCAAAAGUUUGUAAAUUAAUUCAGAAAGGGUGUCGGGGGUACUUAUGCAGCGUUCUGGAGGAACAAGUAGUGAACGGGAAUACCGACAUGAUCCCAGUCGUUUGUGAAUUUCCGGAUGUCUUUCCAAAGGAGUUACCUGGGCAGUUAAUAGACCGUGAGAUUGAGUUUACAAUCGAUGUAACCCCGGGAACUCAACCCAUAUCUAAGACUCCCUAUAGAAUGUCACCAGCUAAGAUGAAGGAAUUAAAAAUCCAAUUGCAAGAUUUAUUGGACAAAGGAUUUAUCCGUCCAAGUGUGUCUCCAUGGGGUGCACCAGUUUUGAUUGAUGACUUAUUUGAUCAACUACAAGGGGCUCAAGUCUUUUCGAAGAUCGAUUUACGGUCUGGAUACCAUCAAUUAAAGGUUAAAGCUGAUGACGUUGAGAAGACAACUUUUCGAACCUGGUACAGUCAUUAUGAGUUUCUAGUUAUGCCCUUUGGAGUUACGAACGCCCCAGCAGCCUUUAUGGAUUUGAUGAACCGCGUCUUUAAGCCCUAUUUGGAUGAAUUUGUAGUAGUCUUUAUUGAUGAUAUUCUCAUUUAUUCAAAGAAUGCAGAAGCUCACGAGAAUUAUCUUCGGUUGAUCCUUCAUACCCUCCGGGAAAAGAAAUUGUAUGCAAAAUUGAAGAAAUGUGAAUUUUGGCUACGAGAAGUGGCAUUUCUGGGGCAUGUUAUCACAAAAGGAGUUUCUGUUGAUCCACAUAAGAUUGAGGCGAUCGUGAAUUGGCCAACUCCCACUAAUGUGACAGAAAUCCAUUACCAUCCUGGCAAAGCCAACACAGUUGCGGAUGCGCUGAGUCGGAAAAGUGUGGGGAUUUUAGCAAAUUUGGUUGCAGGGCAAAAGGAAUUAGCAAAUGAAUUGGCCAAAAUGGACGUGGAUCUCGUAUUACAUGGACAAGAAGCUUUAGUGAUAGCCAUAAGAGCCCAACCAGCCUUAAUUGAGGAGAUUAAAUUGCAACAGAUGAAAGAUGAUACUUUAAGGAAGAUAAGUGAUGAGUUAGGAACCAAGUCGAGGCCGGGGUUUAGUUUGGUGGACACGAGGUUUCUUUAUGGAAUUGACAAGUUAUCCUUACCCGGUCGGAGGUUCUUCUAUAGAACUGACAAGUAUGAUUUAUCAGCGCUAACGGAUGCACCAUAUUUUUACCACCCAAGAAAGGCAAAUACAAUUGCAGAUGCUUUGAGCCGAAAGUCUAUUAGGAAUUUAUCAUGUUUGCUCACUGGACAAAAAGAAUUGUUGCGUGAUCUGGAAAGAAAUGAAAUUGAAGUGGUUUUGCGUGAACAGGGUGGAGUUCUAGCAACCAUUUCUGCUCAACCGGCCAUAGUUGAGGAAGUUAAAGAAAAGCAAUUACAAGAUGAAUUUUUGAAAAAGAUUGUUGAUGAGAUUGAUUCAAAACCAAGGCCUAGAUUUGUGUUUGAAGACAAUGUUCUAAAAUUUCAAGGAAGACUUUGUGUAUCGGAUUGUUUUGAAUUGAGAAAGCGUAUCAUGACCAAAGCUCAUAACUUCGAAUUUGCUAUGUAUCUCGGAAAUAUAAAAAUGUACAAAGAUCUAAAACAGAAUUUCUGGUGGACUGGAAUGAAGAAGAGUAUUGCUGACUUUGUAGCUAAAUGUUUGCAUUGCCAACUAGUGAAAGCCGAACAUCAACGACCCGCUGGAUUACUACAGUCGCUUCCAAUACCGGAAUGGAAGUGGGAGCACAUUACGAUGGACUUUAUUAUUAGAUUGCCUUGCUCCUCUUGA